AUGCAUUCUAGAAAAUUUGAAAUAAAAGUUCCAGCUUCAUCAGCUAAUAUCGGCCCUGGUUUUGAUGUUUUGGGUAUUGGUCUUAACCUUUUUCUUGUCUUAAACGUUACUGUUGAUUCUUCUGCUAUUAAAGACAAAUCCCUCAACUUUGACGUCCACAAUUGUUUGAUUACUUAUGAAGGUGAAGGUGCUGAAGAUGUGCCCUUGGAUUCUGAUGAAAACUUGAUCACCAGAACUGCUCUCUAUGUCUUGCGUUGCCAUAAUAUCAGAGAGUUUCCAGCUGGAACCUUUAUUCACGUCAGCAACCCAAUACCACUAGGCAGAGGCCUUGGUUCUUCUGGAGCAGCAGUUGUGGCUGGUGCCCUUCUAGCUAAUGAAAUUGGUAAGUUCAACUUAUCCAGAUCAAGAUGUUUGGAUUUCUGUUUGAUGAUAGAAAGGCAUCCUGACAAUAUUACUGCUGCAAUGAUGGGGGGUUUUGUUGGUUCGUAUUUGAGAGAGCUAUCUGCCACUGAACUAGAGCGAAAAGAAAUCCCCCUAGCUGAAGUGUUGCCUCAACCAGCUGGUGGUGAAGAUACUGGUCUAGUUCCUCCAAUUCCUCCUUUUGAAAUCGGCCACCAUAUUAAAUACAACUUGAACAAAAAAAUCAAGUUUUUAACUAUCAUUCCUAACUUUGAAUUAUCAACUGCCACCUCGAGAGAUGUCCUACCAAGUGCUUACACAAGAAAAGAUCUAGUCUUUAAUUUGCAAAGAAUUGCUGUUUUAACCACUGCUAUCACUUUGGACCCACCAAAUCCAGAAUUGAUCUAUUCUUCAAUGCAAGAUAGAAUACACCAACCUUAUAGAAAAACGUUGGUUCCUGGCUUAUCUGAAAUCUUGAAUAGCAUGAGCCCAAACACUAACCCAGGCUUGUUGGGUAUAUGUUUAAGUGGAGCCGGGCCCACCAUCUUAGCUUUAGUCACUGAGAAUUACAGUGAGAUCGCUGAUGAAAUUAUUAAUAGAUUCAAAAAAAAUGGUAUCACUUGCACCUGGAAAUUGUUGGAGCCAGCUUAUGAUGGUGCAACUGUUACUGAACUAUAA